CUGCUCUGUCUAUCCACUCUAGUCUCUCUCCUCAGCCGGCCUGCCUCUCCACACCUCGCCUCACUUUGCCUGCUGAACCGGUUGGUCUGAUCUCCCCAGACUCAUUACAUCAACUGCAAACGACUACUCCACUUUUCAGAAUGUCACAGAGACAGAGCGUCACUGUCAGGUCCCAGAUCUCCUCCAGCAGAGCGUACCCGAGCUACACCAGUCAGUCUUAUCAUGGACAGCCUGGGGUCCAGCGUAAGAGUGUCAGCACCCGCACCUUUGCAGCCAACAGGGGCAUGGGAAGCUAUGGAGGAGUGGGAACUGGCUUCAUUUCCAGCGCCUCUGCCUUAGGACUUGGCUCAUCCAUGUCUGGAGGAAUGGGUGGAAGCAUGAUGAUGGGUGGCGGAUCUAUGCCUCUCGUCACCGCCGUGACUGUGAACAAGAGUCUGCUGGCCCCCCUGAACCUGGAGAUCGACCCCACCAUCCAGGCUGUCCGCACCCAGGAGAAGGAACAGAUCAAGAGCCUCAACAACCGCUUUGCCUCCUUCAUUGACAAGGUGCGCUUCCUGGAGCAGCAAAACAAAAUGCUGGAGACCAAGUGGAGCCUGCUGCAGGGACAGACCACCACCCGCUCCAACAUUGACAGCAUGUUCGAGGCUUACAUCGCCAACCUGCGCAGACAGCUGGACGGGCUGGGCAAUGACAAGAUGAAGCUGGAGGCCGACCUGCACAACAUGCAGGGCCUGGUGGAGGACUUCAAGAACAAGUAUGAAGAUGAAAUCAACAAGCGCACAGAGUGUGAGAAUGACUUUGUGCUCAUCAAGAAGGAUGUUGACGAGGCCUACAUGAAUAAGGUGGAGCUGGAGGCCAAGCUGGAGAGCCUCACAGAUGAGAUCAACUUCCUCAGGCAGAUCUAUGAGGAGGAACUGCGUGAGCUCCAGAGCCAGAUCAAGGACACCUCAGUCAUUGUGGAGAUGGACAACAGCCGCAACCUGGACAUGGAUGCCAUCGUGGCUGAAGUGCGCGCUCAGUAUGAGGACAUUGCCAACCGCAGCCGUGCCGAGGCUGAGACGUGGUACAAGACCAAGUAUGAGGAGAUGCAGACAUCUGCAACCAGAUAUGGAGAUGACCUGAGGGCCACCAAGUCAGAGAUCGCAGACCUGAACCGCAUGAUCCAGAGACUGACAUCAGAGAUUGAUGCCGUCAAGGGACAGCGUGCCAACCUGGAGGCUCAGAUCGCUGAGGCUGAGGAGCGGGGUGAGAUGGCGGUGAGGGAUGCCAAGGCUCGCAUCAAGGACCUGGAGGAUGCCCUGCAGAGAGCCAAGCAGGACAUGGCCCGCCAGAUCAGAGAGUACCAGGACCUGAUGAACGUCAAGCUGGCAUUGGACAUUGAAAUCGCCACCUACAGGAAACUCCUGGAGGGAGAGGAAGACAGGCUGGCAAACGGCAUCAAGGCCAUCAACAUCUCCCAACAGAGCACAAGCUACGGUGGCUUCCCUAUGGAGUCCGCAAAGAGCAACUAUUCCAGCAGUUACAAUUAUUCCAGUGGAGCUGGUAGCGGCUACAGCAGCUAUGGCAGCGGCACCUACAGUGGCAGCGGCACCUACGGUGGCAGCAGCAGCGGAGGAUAUGGUGGAAUGCAAGUCCAGAACAAGAAGAGCGUCGUUAUCAAGAUGAUCGAGACCAAGGAUGGCAAAGUGGUGUCAGAGUCCUCUGAGGUCGUUGAGGAUUGAGCAGUUCCAUUUAAAGGUUUAGCUACCUGUCUGCUAUGAUCUCCUCCGCCUGUAGUUUUAUACUCACGAUUCACUCCCCCACUAUCCUGUAAUAAACAAAUCCAAAGUUACAUGCUUGCCAGCCACUCUCCAAUAGAAUGUAAAGACGUGUUCUAGAGAAGCAAUAAAUGAUCCUAAUGCUACCAAAGAUCUGAAAGGGACCAAAGAAUCUAUUUUGUCAGUCAUAUUUUGUAUGUCUGAGGUCUGACUGUUUGUUCGUCUGUACUGAAACAGCUGUUUGAAGUUUUUGUAUCACAAAGUGAGAAACAAUUAACGGGCAAAUUGCAACUCUGAAUAAAAGAAAAAAAAGUAACAUUCCCUCCAAAUCUAUGCAACAUCUGUUCCGUACUCGAAGGGCUAUUCCCUUCAAAAGUACAUUGCAAGAAAUGGACAAAGUGGUAUUGUCAAAGGAAUGUGAAUGUACUGAGACAGUGCUUCAGUGUUUAUGGUCAACUAAUGUCUUAAAAAUGCCUGCUACAGUAGGUAGUGCAUGUCUUCCCUGUGUGCGUCCUGUAACUGUAACUGUUGACCCCUUAGGAGACUGCCCACAUCAUACUGUUGUCCUGAGGUGCUGUUUUUGCUACCAAACCCAAUAAAAUGUGUUUACUGAAA